AUGACAUUGCCAGUGUUCGCAAAAAAAGUGAAGAAGUUAGCCUCAUUUCAAUUGUUCAACCUGAAACUUCUACUAAACGGUGAAUCAAGCCGUGGCUUUAAUAAAUUUAAAAAGCACUACAAGCUCAAAGGAGAACUCGGACGCGGCGGCUUUGGUAUAGUCUAUCGUGCUGUUCGCAUAUCGGACGAAUUACCCGUUGCGGUAAAAUUUAUCGAUCGACGUACCGUACGGGAAUGGGGAAAGGUGAACAAGCUGUACGAGUUUCAGAUCAACGACGAACACUUGCCGAUGGAGAUUUGUAUGCUAGCAAGGUGUUCAAAGAUUAGAGGUGUGAUUCGAUUAAUCGAUUGGUACAGUAUCCCUGAGGGAUACCUAAUCGUCAUGGAGCGACCGUAUCCGUCCGUAGAUAUGUUCGAUUUCAUUAAAGGACAACAACAUCUUGACGAAGAGAUGACUCGAUUUUUAUUCAAGCAAAUCGUCCAGACGCUACAUGAUUGUCAUCAAAAACGCGUACUACAUCGUGACUUAAAGGAUACUGAAAACCCGUGCACAGAAUCAAAAGUGCUGAGAAAAAUUAUUCACCAACGCAUACUGGUCACACCUCAAUUGUACUUUGUUGCUUUCAAGGACGAGAACAUCGUUAUCGAUCUUGUCACCGGUGAAACUAAACUGAUAGACUUCGGAGCCGCUACUAUACUUAAGAAGUCACAUUACACUGAUUUUCAAGGUACUCGUCUGUACUGUCCACCGGAGUGGUUUUUGCACUCAUUAUACUUAGGACGUGAAGCAGCCGUAUGGUCUCUGGGUGUACUACUAUACAACGCCUUAAACGGACGACUACCGUUCAAAAACGAAAAAGACAUUUGUACUGCUCACCUCCUUGGUCCACUACCUUUCUACACUCCCGUAUCCGCAGAAGCAAAAGAUCUCAUUGCUAAAUGCUUGGCGUUUGACCCGUUUUCAAGAUGUUCGAUUGAAGAAAUUCUCCGGCAUCCAUGGUUUGCACAGCACAGUUUUGAUUGGUUGGCGAUUAGCGCGGCGAGUGAAAAGCAUCUGCAUGAAAAUCCAGCGAAUGAGGAUGAACGUGAACAUAGUGAAGAACUGGAAGAGAUCGUCGAAGAGGCAGAGAACAGUCGGAAAGAUGAUAACGAUGAAGACGAUAUCAAUUCUAGCGAAGGUGAAUCUGGUGUAGGCUCAUUGGCGUCUACUUCGUUAGCUAAAACGUAUCAACAAGACACACUGUCAACGUCGGCACCUCGUUUCUCGAAGACAUCACUACUUGCCCCUCCAACAACUGACGACCUAAAAGCCGUUGUGAAUGCUGUUAAAACGAAAUCUGGCUACCAUGGUGACAGUAGUAAUCGGAUACGACCUUCAAGAAGACGACCUAAAGCUGCUGAUUCAGCUGUAUUGACGGCUCUACGUCGUGCAAUGAAUCGAGAUCGACAAAUACAAUGCGAAUGA